CAACUGACACUGCACGCCAGAAAGAGCCACCACCAAAUCAGACCUCUCUCGCGCCCGAACACGUUUGAAAGCAGUCCCCUCACCUCGAACUCGAACUAUCUCGAAUCUAGCCAUGGAGUCUGCCGACACAUUCACGCUUCUGCCACUGACGAUGGAUCCGGCCACCAAAGCCAUUUCCGCCAACCCCGCCAACGCAGCGCUGCAGAAUGAACUCGAGGCCCUAAACGCGCUGCACCGCGGUCUCAUAAGCGCCGGCACACCAACAGGCACCCCACCGCCACCGGUGCCUGUGAACCCCACCCGCAGCGCUCAAAUCGGCAAGCUUAGGGAGUCCGGCAACAAUGAGUUUCGCAAGGGCAACCAUGCACAGGCAGUGAAGCUAUACGGCCUCGCAAUCGACAUGGCGCUUGGUCGGCCACACUGGGAGCCGUCGGGGUUGGUGCGCGAAGAAGUUAGCGGCCUCUUGAGCAACCGCGCACAGGCAAACAUGGCGCAACAGAACUGGCCCGAGGGCGCGGUGGAUGCGGAGGCGAGCGUGGAGAUGAAGAAGGCAGACAAUGCGAAGGGAUGGUGGAGGCGUGGCAAGUGCUUGCUGGAGAUGGGUCGAUUGGAGGAGGCGGAGACAUGGGUCAGGCAGGGCCUUGAGUUUGGCGCCAACGAGCCGGAUCUGGUGCAGCUGAAGCAGGAGAUCGAGAAGAGGAAGGCUGGGAGCGUGUAGAUAAGUGAGCGUAGGGCCAUGGGCCAGGUGUCUUGUGUGACUUUUGCAUAUUGCGCGGCGUUCGGGCGAAGCGGGUCAAGCCAUGGCGAGACGGUUACACACUCUCAAAAUGCUCUGUUUACAGCAGCGAGCUCAGCUGGGAGGUUUGAUUGCUGCAUUAUCACGAGAUCAGACGUUCCAAACAAUAACUGGACGACUUCUAACGUUCUUAUAGUACUUAUGUAUCGCAAAGUUUUGUUCAUAAGGCUCGCUACUAAAGUCGGCUCGAACAUGCCUUGUUUGCGAUAUUUAUCGUGGACAAGUAGGAUAUAUGUGAGGU